AUGGGGGGCUGCUCGGGGGGAGCCAGGCGCUGCUCUGCGUGCCUGGGGCACGGGGGGAGCGUGGCUGGGGUCCCCGACGGGGGGCUGCCCGGGGGGGGCCAGGCGCUGCUCUGUGUCCCCGAGGCGCUGGCCGAGGAGCUGGCCCAGGCACUGGUCAGCGUGGGCAUGGCCCUGGAGCAGGAGUACGCCUGGGACAUCUUCACCAGCAUGAUGGUGAAACAAUCCAGCUACAUCUUCCGGAGCUGGGAUGUGCCGCGCGCCCUGACGGCCGAGAUGCGGGCGCUCGUCGUCGACUGGCUCGUGCAGGUGCACGAGUACCUGGGCCUGGCGGACGACACGCUCUACCUGGCCGUGUACCUGAUGAACGCCUACAUGAAGGUGGCGCGAGUGAGGGUCCCGGCCCUGCAGCUGCUGGGUGUCACCUGCCUCUUCGUGGCCUGCAAAGUGGAGGAGUGCACCGUCCCCGAGCCGGCCGAGCUGUGUUUCAUGACCGAGGACUCGUUCAGCCGCCGGGAGCUGCUGCGAAUGGAGCGCAAGGUGCUGUCCCGCCUCAACUUCCAGCUGCAGUACACCAACCCCCUGCACCUGCUGCAGCUGCUGGGCGCCCUGGGCCGCUGUGCCCCAGAGGUCCAUCACCUGGCCAUGUACUUCAUGGAGCUGUGUCUGAUGGAGGCGGAUUGUGCGGUGUUUGAGCCGGCCCAGCUGGCCGCGGCCGCCCUGGGCCUGGCGCAGCGGGUGCAGCAGGAGGCGGGCGCCGGGGGCUCGGGCGCCGGGCUGGGGGGCUCCACGCAGCUCUGCCUGUACAGCGAAGAGGCGCUAGGCGCUGUGCAUCGCUUCAUGGCCAGGGCCGCGCUCCGGGCCGGCAGCUCCACCCUCCAGGCCGUUUUCCUGAAAUACUCGCGGCCCCAGAAGCUGGGGGCCAGCACCAGCCCGGCCAUCGCCGGCUCCGACUACCUCGCCCGCUGCUGGAGAACCAUGGCAACACAGCUGAGAUGGACUCCUGGCCCCCCAGGUAUAAGCUGA